GAGGAGGAAAGCCUGAAUGAUUCGGGUGCCCCAUACGUGAAAGAGGCCCUGGAACAUGCCAGAAAUCUGGUGACUGGGGGGUCGGAGUACACAGGCUCACUCCUGCCUCUUACGCUACGAAGAAAAAAAAUAUAUGCCUAAAGUGAAUGGUAAACAAAAGUUAAGGAACAGCUUAGAUUCCGUUCUGAUAUACAGAAGUGACCAGCUUUCAGUUAGGUAUACCUAACUGGGAGUUGCGUGCCUUUAGACGUUACGAAAGUGUGCAUUUCCGCGUUGAUGGGGAAAGUGAGAUGCGCGUGGUGCGAUUCGGAGCGCGCUGCUUUGUGACAGUAAAUGCUAGGGGGGGGCGGCCGGCUAGCGGAGCGUAAAGGCGGGCUAGGCUGCAGGCUGCGCGGUGAGGGCAACGUGGGGAGGUAAACACUGCCAUCGCGAAGCGCAGGAGCGCCUGUCUGAGCGGCUGCGGGGAUCCGCCGAGCGUCUUCGGCGUCCGGGACACCGACCCAGGCCUAUCCAAAGUUCUCUUUUUGUGGGUGAAACCGCUCCCAGGAACCUGAAGAACAAGAGGAGAGGAAACAAAUUGCGCUGCAGAGCUGAGAGCAUUAGCUGACCUUCAGGUGAAUAUGCUUCCACCCUAACUGAUCCACAAUCAGAAGGCCCCAGGAUGCCCUGGACGAGGUGAAUCACACUCGAUUUUCCCACUCUGGAUUUCAAGUUUUGGAAUGACAGUGGCGAUCCCACACUAGCACAUAGAGAGUAGAAACUUGGUUCCCUGGAGUUCUGUGCCUGUGAAGAAGGAGGCGCCAUGCCGGCCAAGAGAAAGUAUCAGUUGGAUGCCCAGGAGCUAAAGCAGGAGGCCCUGUACCACAAGUUCUCCUGCAUCAGUCAGUACCAGCUGCUGGCCAUGCUGUUGAGCCUCACCACGCUCUCCUGCAUUGUCCUUCUCAUCCUCUUCUUCGCUUUCGGAUUGGACACCGCCGAACACAAAGCCUUCGUCAGUGUGGUCAGCUGCGGCCUCUGCAUCUUCCUGGUCGCCCUUCUGCUGGUGUGUAGCGAGGUCCUGCCUCAGAGCUGGAUGAAGGUACUGGGAGCCUUGGUCUGGGCGAUCCUCAUCGCUAUGGGCUUCACCUUUAUCUUCAGUCGGGACAAAAUCUGCGCCUGGGACCAGGUUCCAUUCUUCCUCUUCAUCAUCUUUGCCGUGUUCACCAUGCUGCCUUUCCGCAUGCUGCACGCCAUCGUUCUCAGCGCAAUCUCCUGGCUGUCUCAUGUCGUAGCCCUCAGCGCUUACCUCUUCAGCUCCCCUUCACACUCUAUGGAGGUACAAGGGCUGAAUCUGUUGGUCCAGAUAAUGGCCAACUGCGUGCUGUUCCUGUGCGUCAGCGCCGUGGGCAUCUUCCAUAAGGUGCUCAUGGAGAGAGCCCUACGGCAGACCUUUCAGGACAUGUUGCACUCACUGAGGAUCUGCGUGAAGCUGGAGACUGAGAAGAGGCAGCAGGAAAGCCUGCUGAUGUCAGUGCUGCCAAUCUACAUCUCCAUGGGGAUGAGACUGGCCAUCAUGGAGCGACUGCAGGAGCAGCAGUGCCUGGUGAAGGACAACAACUUCCACAGCCUGUACAUCAAGAGGCACAAGAACGUCAGCAUCCUGUAUGCCGACAUCGUGGGCUUCACCCAGCUGGCCAGCGAAUGCUCGCCCAAGGAGUUGGUCAUCAUGCUUAAUGAGCUCUUCGGGAAGUUUGACCAGAUUGCCAAGGACAACGAAUGCAUGAGGAUAAAGAUUCUUGGCGAUUGUUACUACUGUGUCUCGGGACUCCCUGUCUCUCUGCCCAAGCAUGCUGAGAACUGCGUCAAAAUGGGCCUGGACAUGUGUGAGGCCAUUAAGCAGGUUCGGGAUGCCACUGGCGUGGACAUCAGCAUGAGAGUAGGCGUCCAUUCUGGUAACGUGCUGUGUGGGGUCAUUGGCCUCCGUAAGUGGCAGUUUGACGUGUGGUCACAUGAUGUCACCUUGGCUAAUCACAUGGAGUCUGGAGGUAUACCUGGACGGGUGCACGUCACAGAGUCUACCCUGAAACACCUCAACAAGGCUUAUGAGGUUGAGGAGGCGAAUGGGCACCUGAGGGACCCCUAUCUGAAGGAACAGAACAUCAAGACGUAUUUGGUCAUCGAUCCCAGGUCCAAGGAGCCAGGCGCUGAUCAGCAGAACCUGCCAAAGCCGCGGGUGAACGACGGGUUGAAGAUGCGUGCUUCCGUGCGGAUGACGCGCUACUUGGAGUCGUGGGGGGCUGUAAAGCCCUUUGCCCACCUGCAGAGCCGCGAAGGCCACAUCAUGGAUGUUCUCGUCAACGGCAAACUGCGCCCUGAUAUAUCCCAGCAAUCGAUGCCCUCUUCAAAAGUAACUGAAAGGAUCAAGUCCCAGAAGUUUGAUGAAGACCUCCAUAAUAUGAUGACCUCAACCAUUGAUGAGAUGACCAGCAAGUGUAUACUUAAGGACUGGGUAAAUUCGGAGGAGUUCAACAGCAUAACUCUGUGGUUCACCAAGAGGGAUCUUGAGAAGCAGUUCCGAGCUAUUGAGUUGCCCAACUUCAAGUACUUCAUUGCCUGUGCCUCUUUCAUCUUCUUCUGCAUCUUCCUGAUCCAGUUGUUGGUGGCACAAGAGCGUACGCAGCUGGGUAUGAUUGUUGGCGUUCUUGCUUGUGUCCUCCUCCUGAUCCUUGGGGUGUGUUUUGCUGGUCACCUGCAGCUGUGUUUCCCGGAGAAGCUGGCGUCGUGCCAUUGGCUGACUGUGGUGUCCGAGACAGUGGGGAAGAAACCAUGUGUACGGCUAACUUUGACCAUCGUCUCUAUGACUGUCAUCCUCAUUAUGGCUGUCUUAAAUCUGAAACUGUACAAAUCUAGUUCUACUGAUUGUGGAGUCGACCAGAUCAUCUGGAACAUCACCCGCAACCGUCUGAACACAGACUGUGGUCUGUUCUGUCUGCCUUACUUCGUGUAUUGCUGUAUACUGGCUCUGAUUGCAUGCGGAGUGUUCCUUGGGGUAAGCUUUGAGCUUACAGUGCUACUAAUUGUCCUGGCUUUCGGCUUAUUCUACGAGAUCAUCUUCAAAUCACAGAACGACCUCUUCCAGUCUUACGGCUGUAUCCUGUACCACGUUAAUAGCAGUGAGGUCUUGCUCAAAUCUGGAUUAAUGAAGCACCCCCAGUCGAUGAGCUAUAUUUACGCCGCACUCUUCUUGAUUACCAUGUUCUUAAUCAUUCGACAGAACGAAUACUGCUGCCGCAAGGAUUUCCUGCUGAAAAAUAAGAACCGCACUAAGCAAGAUGAGAUCGAGACUAAGGAGAAUCUAAAUCGACUGAUGCUAGAGAAUGUUCUGCCUGCCAAUGUGGCUGCGGUCUUCGUGGGGGAGAACAAGAAGAAUGAGGAUCUCUACUACCAAUCGUAUGACUGUGUGUGUGUGAUGUUCGCCUCGGUGCCGGACUUCAAGGAGUUCUACACAGAAUGUGACAUCAACAAGGAGGGUCUGGAGUGUCUCCGGCUGCUCAAUGAGAUCAUCGCAGACUUCGACGAGGUGCUAUCCAAGCCUAAGUUCAGCGGGGUCGAGAAAAUUAAAACUAUUGGCAGCACCUACAUGGCUGCUGCUGGGCUAAGUGGAACACCAGGUCAAGAAAAUAACCAGGAUCAGGAAAAGCAGCUCGCACAGAUUGGGAACAUGGUUGAGUUUGCCGUUGCACUGGUAGGCAAGCUGGACGGCAUCAACAGGCACUCAUUCAACAGCUUCCGGUUGCGUGUCGGAAUCAAUCACGGGCCAGUGAUCGCAGGUGUGAUCGGAGCUAACAAGCCACAGUAUGACAUCUGGGGCAACACAGUGAACGUGGCCAGCAGAAUGGAGAGCACCGGAGAACUGGGCAAGAUCCAGGUGACGGAGGAGACGUGCAACGUGCUGCAAAGGCUGGGCUAUUCCUGCGAGUGCCGGGGCUUCAUCACUGUGAAGGGCAAAGGAGAGCUCAAGACCUUUUUUGUGUGCACAGACAUGAGCAAAUCCCUGGGCCUGGGCCUCAAUGAUGGCAGCCAGGUGGGCGGACAGGCAGACACAAACAGGGGGAAAUGGAACUGAAAAUAUUUGCUUGACGGAGCAUGUGGAAGGAAAAAGCGGGAUGGCAUGAGCUGCAGAGGAGGAAGGAAAGCCUCAUCGUAAUUAUGUCCUGAAGCAGUUUUGCUGAAUUUCGAAAAGCUUAUCGUAGCAUAUUCCAAUAACAAGUGUACAGAAAUGCUGCAUUUUACAUGCGAGGGCCCAUUUCCGUCACUACCGUGACUUUUAUAGAGCAGUGGGUUAUUUAAUAAUUACCUUAGUCUUUUUACUCUUUUUUUUUUUUUUUUAACCUUUUUACUCCUCAGAAGUUUGCUCCAGUGUCGAACUAGGUAGCUGGAAAUUAAGCCAAACUCCUUAAAUGACCGAGCAGUCAGCUUUAAAACUAGCAGGCUCUGUUUUAUUACUGUGUAAUGUGCAGAUUAGACGAUGUGAAAAAUGUUUCGUUAUCAGAAACAGUCAUUUUUUCAUAAAUCUUGUGGAAUGACAUUUCAACAUAGAAAAAAUAAAAUGCUGGUGGUAGAAAAACCCCGAAAACUAACAUUGCAGUCUAAUUAAAAUGUAAGUAAAAGAUCUAAUAUUUUUGUAA